AAACAUCAUCAUCAUAAUAACCUCAAUCUCAACUUUUCACAGCAUUUUUCACACACGUGGUCUCCACCAUCAUGUGAAAUGAGUGUCCUUAUGUUUCUAAAUCAUGACUCUACCACCACUUCUUCUCAAUCUUUUACAACAACAUUUAGUAACAUAACAAAAUGUGUUACCAAACUCAAAAGACACUUUCUUCAUUGUUUCUGAUUUUUCUUCUUCUACAAUGGCACAUUCUUCUAAACACACUCCUCGUACCCCUACUUAUCUCUUACCUUGUGUCAUUGCUCUCUCUUUCUUCUCUCUCACAGCACUUCUUCUCUACAAGGUGGAUGAUGUAGCUAGCAGAACUGGAACAGUGGUUGGUCACAACCUAGAACCAACGCCAUGGCAUGUUUUCCCUACCAAAUCCUUUGAUGAAGAGACUCGACAGAGCCGAGCCUACAAAAUUAUACAAUGCUCUUAUCUCACAUGUGGUUCUGCAGACUCUGGCGGCAAAACAGGACCUAGUUUUGCCGCCAAAGAUGCAAAACAACAAAAUUGUCCUGAUUUCUUCCGGGCGAUCCGGAAGGAUCUGGAGCCAUGGAAGAAAACAAAGAUUUCUAAAGGGCAUUUGGUGGAAGCACAAAAGUAUGCUGCAUUUAGAGUGGUGAUUGUUGGGGGGAAGUUGUUUGUGGAUUGGUAUUAUGCUUGUGUUCAAAGUAGGGCUAUGUUUACUGUUUGGAGUUUGUUGCAGCUUUUGAGAAGGUAUCCUGGGUUGGUACCUGAUGUGGAUUUGAUGUUUGAUUGCAUGGAUAAGCCUAGUAUUAACAAAACAGAACAUGCUUCAAUGCCUUUGCCAUUGUUUCGUUAUUGUACCACAAAGGGACACUUUGAUAUUCCUUUUCCUGAUUGGUCCUUCUGGGGAUGGCCAGAGAUAAACAUACGACCUUGGCAAGAAGAGUUCCCAGAUAUUAAACAAGGUGCUCAAGUUGUCAGUUGGAAAAAUAAGAAUCCGCUAGCAUACUGGAAAGGAAAUCCAGAUGUUGCAUCUCCUCUUCGUACCGAAUUACUUACUUGCAAUGAUUCUAUGAAGUGGGGAGCAGAAAUUAUGCGUCAGGAUUGGGAUGCAGCUGCUAGAAGUGGCUUUCAGGAAUCAAAACUUUCAAAACAGUGUAAUCACAGAUAUAAGAUCUAUGCUGAAGGGUAUGCAUGGUCUGUGAGUUUGAAAUAUAUUCUCUCAUGUGGUUCUGUGGCACUAAUUAUACGGCCGCAGUAUGAAGAUUUUUUCACACGUGGUCUUGUUCCACUACAAAACUUUUUACCAGUUGAUCCUCUAGAUCUAUGUCCAUCUAUAAAGCGCAAUGUAGACUGGGGAAACAAGCACCCAAAAGAGGCUGCAGCGUUGGGGAAAAGAGGACAAGAUUAUAUGGAAAGCUUGAACAUAGAUCGAAUUUAUGAUUACAUGUUCCACCUUAUCUCGGAAUACUCAAAACUUCUCGACUUCAAGCCUGCUUUACCUUCAACUGCCUUGGUGGUUUGCGAGGAAUCCGUUCUUUGCUUUGCUGAUGAGAAGCAGAGGUCAUUCCUUAGUAGAUCAACUGUCUCCCCUUCACAAACCCCUCCGUGUACUCUGAAACCUGCAUAGAGCGAGUGAUCAUACCUGUAUUUUGGUGCACAAAAAUACUAAACUAAAGAUGUAGAAGUUCUAAUAUCCAAGAACAUGAAAUGACAGUGAACUGGCAUAUGCUACAGUGAGCGCCAUUGUUAGUAUUAAAAGAAAAAGUUGGUUAUUACAUGUAAAUUUAUAGUGCCUUGUAGGUAAUCAUUUAAAAGAUGUUGCUUUUGUAAUAGUCAUCAUCAUUUAAUAGAGCAUACAUUGCGGGAAUUCUCAUUUUCA